AUGACGACUAUCUGCAUGGCCAUCAUGGAAUCGGAAGAGAUGAACUUCCAACCGAUGGAGCAGCUGGGCUCUCCUAGUAGAGAACACAGCCCUAGUUCUGAUGGUCAUAAAAAAAAACACAGUCGAAAGAGGAAGAAAAAAGUGAGCAACUCCAGCUUUGUUAAUUUACGAGAUUGGACAAGCAAAGUGCAAAAGAGGUAUGAAAAGAAGCUAAAAAUUUCUGAACAAGGAAUAAAUCUGCAAACGAACGUUAGUCUCCCUAAUGGAGAACCAGACAGCAACUACGUCUCCUCAUCAUACUCCUCCUCCUUUAAGUCAAGAUCCAGCUUGGGUAACAACAUAAACUUUUCUUCGGAUGAAUCCAAUUACGACUCAGACAUCGAACAACGAAUCUGCAGAUUUUUGAAAUUAGAGAGUAGUGACACAGUAAGGAAGAGAAAAAAGAAGAAAAAGGAGAAUGCGCAUGAGGGGACAGCUGUCGAUGGGAUUUCGAAUGGAGGUGUGGGUGUGGACCUUUACCCAGGUGAGCCUACCGAUGUGGUUGGCGAUGUGGUUGGCGAUGUGUCUGCAGAUGUGUCUGCAGAUGUCAUUGCCGAUGCGCCUGUAGAUGUCACUGCCGAUGCGCCUGCAGAUGUCACGGCCGAUGCGCCUGCAGGUGUGCUGGUCGAUGUGGGAGGCAACUCCCGAUCGAUGAACGAUGGGACGCUUAACAUGCUAGAGGGAGCCACCGAUCUGGGAGGCACCAUGCUCGAUGAAGACCAUUCUAUCGACCCCGUCAGUAAACACACACAGAAGGAAAAAAGAGAGUCAGACGAUGUGCACGCAGGACAGAAGGGGUCUGCCCACAUGAAUGACCAACAAGUGAGUAGCAACACAGUGAAGAAGAAAAAGGAUCAACCGGAUCAUCCGGAGGAGUCCAAAAAAAAUCGUAACAGUAACGAUAAAAUGGUGAACGCAGAUAAUGCGAAUAUUUCCUUUAAGGAGAAUAGCGUUCCCAAUGGGGAUGAAAAACGCGAAAAUGGGCACCAACGUGAAGACCCUUCCCCGCGUAGUAACACAAAGGGGGAGGCUGUUAAUGUCGAACGGUCGCUUAAGGGCAAGCACGGAGUCACCGCGGAGGAAGCCAACAGGGAAGUCAUUGUGGAGGACAACAGCCCGGUGGGGGAGAGAGGUACUACGCCUGCCCAUGUAAGGAAAGAAGCAAAUGGGGAGGAAAGGCAGCAGCAAGGGGAGGAAAGGCAGCAGCAAGGGGAGGAAAGGCAGCAGCAAGGGGAGGAAGAAGAACAUGGUGAGGAGGAUGCGAAAGAAGAGAAGGAUGAGAAAGCCCGAAAGGAACCCCCCAAAGAAUCGAUAAGCAAACCAGCAAGGGAACCCCCAAACGAAGCGACACGCAAACCAGCAAGGGAACCCCCGAAAGAAAAGGACUCGCGGGGCGGCCCCGAGUCGAAAAGGGAAAGACAAUCGAAGGAAGAGACAAAACAAAAUCGCGAAAAAGGUAAUAGGAUCAAAAAAAAGAAACGCGAGAGAGACAAACGUGUGCCAUACGAGUGCCAUAGGAGUGCACAUCUUCGAACUGCUAAUUCAAAUCGAUACACAUUUGUGACAUCAAGGAGGAACGCUCACCGAGGAAAACAGAAGAGAAGCAACAGAGCCACAGAAAGGAGAAUCCACACAGACCUAGAACUGAUAGGGAAAAAAAACCAUUCGAAUGAAAGGGAGAAUCCGAAUAGAGGAAAUCUCGACAAAAAUGGCUCAGAUAAUUAUCACAAAAGAAAUGCGAAAGAGAAAGAGGCUAACAGAUCCAAGAAAUCCAUUAGCCCUAGUCGAGAAGGACAAGCGAACGAAAGGGACAAACCAAAUUCGCGCGACAAGGAGAACCCCCUCGCACAGAUACACAAGGAUUCUAAUAGCAAUCAGAGGUCGGCUAAACAUUAUGAGGAAAAAAAAAAAGAGAAUUCGCACCCCGGUGGAAGGAAAAGCAUUCAGAAUGGAGAAACGCCGCGUGUCGAUAGGGAAAGGGAUAGCAGAAACAAGGAGGAAGGGGAAAAACUGGAGAGGAGAGACAGACAAGGAGAAGCGGAACGGGAAGGCGACAGGAACGGGAGAGGGAGCGAGAAAGAGACCGAAACAGAGAGGCAGAGCGAGAAAGGGAAAGAGAUCGAAACAGGGAGGCAGAGCGAGAAAGGGAAAGAGAUCGAAACAGGGAGGCAGAAAGGGAUAGGAAUAGAGAAGCAGAGCGAGAAAGGGAAAGAGAGCGAAAUAGGGAAGCAGAACGAGAUCGAAAUAGGGAGGCAGAACGAGAUCGAAAUAGGGAAGCAGAACGAGAGCGAAAUAGAGAAGCAGAACGAGAUCGAAAUAGGGAAGCAGAGCGAGAUCGGAAUAGAGAAGCAGAACGAGAUCGAAAUAGGGAGGCAGAGCGAGAUCGAAAUAGGGAAGCAGAACGAGAUCGAAAUAGGGAGGCAGAACGAGAUCGGAACAGAGAGAAGCAUUUUGAAAACGGAAAAAACCCGCCGAGAAUGCCCAAGGGUAACAACUCAUCAUACGAUAUUUUAA